AUGGCCUCUUCCUCACAUUUCACGGAUCCACGGAAAUGGUUCUCUCACUCAUCACCUCACUGCCUCACAUGCAAUCUCGGUGCUUCUCUUUUCUUGGAUCCUCCCGCAAUCAACACUCAAAUUCUUGGGAAGCUAAACCGGGUUGUACCCGACGGUUUGACUGGGUGGUUAGUCCCUACCAGUCUGAAUGGGAAAAUCGAUAUCCAACCCCUCGCUGUCAACUUAUCAUCGUGUCUCCCGGCAAUCGGGCGACCCGGGAAGCUGGUCAACUGCUGCCCGCCUCGAACCAUGCUAGACGACCCGAUAUCCGACUUCGAGUUCCCCGACCCGGCAACAACCCCAAUUCGGGUCCGCCGCUUCGCUCACCGGCUCGACGACACGACUACAUGGCCAACUUUACCCAACAGGUUGAAAUCCACAUCUAGUACUGCACCGGGUCGUUUCUCCAGCAGGGCUCAGAUUUCCCGGUUCAGGUCCACAAGAACUGGCUCUUCUUCCCUUGGCACCGGCCACCGGAUAUUCCUCUACUUCCACGAGAGGAUCCUCGGGAGCCUGAUCGGCAACGAGACCUUCGCGUUGCCAUUUUGGGGUUGGGAUUCACCCGACAGGAUGACCCUGCCGGAGUUCUACUUAAACGGGUCGUUCAACGACCACCGCCGCGACCGACUCAUGUGCCCACCGUGGUGGACCUGA